GUGGGCGGGGCCUCGGCGGGGCAGGCGGAAGAAGCGCUGCUGUUGUUUUGGUUACACAUUUUUAAUUCUUCGAAGGCGGAAUGGAGCCGGAGAACCGCAAGCUGAUCUUCGAGAAGGAGGGCGUUUACCUUCACACCAAUGCAAAAAGGAGCAACCACGACACAACCAUUCCCGGAUUCAUCCGGAUUGUAGAGCGGGAUGGUGAGCCAGCGUUGGAGUGGAGCCCUGUUCAGGAUGAUGGGAAGAACGCACCUGCUGUCUUCUACACCAAAAAGGAUGGAGAAGGAGGAGAGGAGGAAACGAAGUUUGACCCAGGGUACGAGCCGGACUGGGCCGUUAUCAGUACAGUGAAGCAAAGCAGAGAGAAAGAACGCCCGCCGGUCAGAGACACAGGUCACUGGGGCUCAUUCUCGCUCCCGCUGUCAGAGCUUUACUCGCUGCGUCGCGCCCGUUUCUCUCUGGGCAGGAACUUCAUGGUGUUGACCAGUAGAGGGGGUGACCCCCUUCCUCCGCUGCACUUCCAUCGUGGCGGCACCAGAGAGCUGCUCAGAGCCAUGCAGAGAUACAUCAGACUCGCCCCGUCUCCAGUGGAUGGACGCUUGUUUCUGGCCUACCCUCAUGACUCCGGCGCCCUCUCUCAGUCGUUUGAUGAGCUGCAGCUCUUUGAUGACGCCAGUUCAGACCUCGUCUCUAGAUUCAUCCAGGACCCUUACGCUACCACGUUUGGGGGAUUCUCCAAGGUGACAAAUUUUUUCAGGGGUGCACUGAGACCCCCAGAGUCACCUUUACACUCCCGCACGCCAUCGGACCCCCACGCACCCCACCCAGCCGAUGACGAGCCUGGCUUUGAGCUCAUAACAUGCCAGGGGGCAGAGUUGGGUCCCCGGCCGGUGGUGAACAGGGGCCAGCCUCUGGAUAACUGGGAGCAGUUUCUGGACCCGGAGGGGCGCAUCACAGAUCCACAGAAAGUCAAAGAGCUGGUUUUCAGAGGGGGCAUCGUUCCUGCUCUGCGGAAGGAGGUGUGGAAAUUUCUUCUGGGAUUUUAUCCCUGGAACAGCACAGCCAAAGAGAGGGAAGACAUUAUUAGAGUAAAAACAGAUGAGUACUUCAGGAUGAAAGUUCAGUGGAAAUCAGUCAGUGAAGAGCAAGAGAUGAGAAACUCCCUCCUGAGAGGAUACCGCAGCCUCAUCGAACGCGAUGUGAAUCGUACAGACAGACAGAAUCCCUUCUUCUCUGGAAACGAAAACCCUGGUCUGAAGCUACUCCAUGACGUGCUAAUGACCUACUGCAUGUACAACUUUGACCUGGGUUAUGUCCAGGGCAUGAGUGACCUCCUGGCCCCGCUUCUCUUUGUCACACAGAAUGAAGUGGAGUCCUUCUGGUGUUUGACCGGCUUUAUGGAGCUGGUGCACCAGAACUUUGAGGAAUCACAGGAGGCCAUGAAGCAGCAGCUUCUCCAGCUUAGCCUCUUACUGAGGGCACUCGAUCCAGAACUCUGUGACUACCUAGAUUCUCAGGACAGCGGCUCUCUGUGUUUCUGCUUCCGCUGGCUGCUCAUCUGGUAUAAGAGAGAGUUCUCCUUUGAGGACAUCCUGAGCCUCUGGGAGGUUCUAUGGACCCGCCUGCCAUGUGCAAACUUCCACCUGCUGAUGGCCUGUGCCAUUCUGGAGUCUCAGAGGGGGGAGCUGAUUGGAUCAAACCAUGAUUUUAACACAAUACUGAAGCACAUUAAUGAGCUGACCAUGAAGCUGGAUCUGCAGACGGUGCUGCUGGAAGCGGAGGGCAUCUACCUGCAGCUCGCUCAGUGCAAGGAGCUGCCGGUGAAGGUGCACGAGGUUCUGGGACUGUAUGUGGCGUCCAGCUCAGACGAGGGGAGUCCAGAUUUAGAGCCCAAAGAGACAGACACACUGCUCAGCAGGACAGAGGUUAGAGGAGCAGCAGCCUGUCCACCGAGCAACAGCAGCCACACAGCAUCACACCGCCCGCCCCCAACAUACCCAUAAUUCCCUUAACGCUUAAAGGAACACUGUUAACAUUUUUCAGCCUGCUGCAUCUGCAUUGUAACAUUUACUGCAGUUAAAUUCAGUGUGCUUCUUUGAAAAGAAAAACGUGAUCUGGAGCCAGUGGGCUCUUGCCAAAUUCCAUGAACAAAUGUUUAAACAUCGCUCUGCAGUGCAGUUACAAGACUAUAACUACUAAACUCUAAAAUCGUGGCCAUACUGGACUCCUCCCUUCGUGUCGUUUCUUCAAGACGUGUGUGGACAGUCUGGAUGUGACGUGUUGUUAGCGUUGUUAUGUUGACUCUCCAUAUUUAUUUUUUUCCCCAAAGAUGAGACCGUAUACUAUAGGCUCAUGCUUCUCAGAUCAGUGAAGUAGUGAGGUUAAAGUUAUCCCAGAGCAGAGGUCGGCAACCCAAAUGUUAAAAAGAGUCAUUUUGACCUUUCAACAAUAAUCAGUCCACCUUGGGAGCCGCAACAUUUUAUGUCCUUGCCUAAAUAUAUCUGAGGAUGUGCUAAUGUCCUAGUAUAGUAUGCUCUGCUCUGCUUUUAGCUUUAGCUCAGCUAUAGCUGUUUCUCUCACAUCUCCGGCAGGAAACUAUUCCUCAAAAGUGGAACAGCUUCUUGUAAAAUGUCUGUCAACGAUUGUUUUUGGGUUUUUUUUUUUACACAAAGUCGCUUCUCAUUUUCCAGCUUCUUGUUCUAAUUUUUUAAGGUGGAAUGGUAGAAUUUGAACAAGAAGCUGGCAAAUGACAAGCUGACUUUAGCCUAGAUUAUAAAUUCAACCUUUUUGUCUCCAAAUUAUUGAUGUUCGCCUUAAAUCUUUCUCUUUCGUUUUCGCUUCGUUAUUACUAUUAGCUAGAUGUCAUUAUCUGCGUUGCUAUGGUGACUAGCAGUCUGCGCUGAUCUCCAGGAUCAGGGUCAGGAUCGGAUAAAGGGUCAAUUAGCUGUUCUACAUUAACACCAGUGUUUAAGAUCAGUUACUGUUAAACUGAUUAUUUUAUUUUUACCUACAAAUCUGAUUCUGCUGUGGAGCCUCGACAGGACAGUAAAAGAGCCGCAUGCGGCUCCGGAGCAGCAUGUUGCUGACCCCUGAACUAGAAUAACCAUGCAAAAUCAGCUGCAACUGAAAGCGAGUUGCUUUUUUACAUUGCUGCGUCCAUUACCAUUCAAGUGAACUGGCUUGUUCACUAGGUCGAUGUAAACAGUACAGGUGUUAUAACGAGACGGACUGUGAUGAGCUGUGCUUAUGAAGUUUCAUUCAACUUUACUGCGCAGUGUCUACACUGUAAAGAAUUCUGGUUUAUUCUGAUUAAUUGUACACAUUUACGGCUUAAUUUUAAAAUACUUUUGACAGAAGAAAUUCAUGUUUUACCCCAGUAUACAUAAAUGAUUUGUUUAAAUCUCUACUGGCAGAAUUCAGCAGCUGCCCACUGGCUUCUGUUUGUAGCGAGUUUCAAGUAAACAGGUUUUCUGUAGUUUUACUGAACUGACAUUUUGCCUGUGGUACUGAAAUAUACACAACAGAUGCAGAUCAGGCCGAAAACCACUAAAGUAUUCCUUUAAACAGCUGCAGGACGAGCUAAGAAAAUUUUAGAAACUG